UCUCGAUCGACCGCUCCAACUCAGGUUUUGACAUCCGAUUUACACCCACCCGGUUAUGUUGACCGCUCGUUUCCGGCGGGUGCAGUUCGCGAUUCUGAUCCACAGUUAGUAGUGCAGCGCAGCUGGAACAUUGCUCUUGGCCCUUUGAGACAGGUUCCGAUGAAUCUCUUCAUCAUGUGGAUCUCAGGAAACUCAAUCUCGUUUUUCCCACUGAUGUCUGUUAUAAUGUUGUUUCUCCGACCAAUUCAAGCCCUGUUUUCUAUUCAAACGACUUUCAGUUUGAUCGAAGGUAGUCAAGCCCCAAUCCAACGGCUGGUCUAUGUUCUGGGGAACUUUGUGAUGAUAGCUCUCGCAAUGUAUAAAUGUCAUACAAUGGGCCUGUUACCAACUUACGCAUCAGAUUGGCUAUCCUUUGUCGAACCUCCUCUCGUGAGUUUGGCUGUCCAUUGUCACUUCCGAUUUUUGCCUUAG